AUGAUGAGGAUGAGACGGACCCUGUGCAGACUCUCCUGCUUGGUGACUCUGGUGGUGGAGCUGAGCUGGAUCAACGGGGGCCACAGCAUGCACAGACCGGAAGAGAGUCGGGUAAGUGGAGAGUGGGAACAAAAGGUGCGAUCGGCCUCCAGCCUGGACGAGCUGCUGAGGCUGGAAGAGUUUCCUGACUGGAAGUUGUGGAAAUGUCGUCUGAGGCUGCAGCAGCCAGAGAGCCUCUCCUCUCUGCCGUCAGGAGGCUCUCACCGCUCCACACGCUACGCUGCCGAAUCCUACAGCCUGGAGAUACUGAAAGCCAUAGAUGAAGAGUGGCAGCGGACUCAGUGUAUGCCGAGGGAAACGUGCGUGGACGUGGCCAAGGAGCUGAGCACUGACUCAUCAAUGUUCUUCAAGCCUCCUUGUGUGUCCGUCCACAGGUGCAGUGGUUGCUGCAAUCAAGAGGGCCUCACCUGCAGAAACACGUCCACUUUGUUUGUGAACAAAACUGUGCUUAGUAUCAUUCCAUUCAACUUUUUGCCGGAACCGGUGCUAAUAAAAGUGGCUAAUCACACAGAGUGCCGGUGCAUGGAGCCGCCAAUUAUACGACGUAAUGCUCAGCCUCACAGGAGCAGUGGCUGCUCUCCGACGAGCCAGCUCUCGGCGUCGCAGGACUCCAGGAGACUCUGUGCCAGGGGGUCGAUCUGGGAUUGUUCCGCUGACAGAUGCAUACCUUACCCUUCCAGUACACCAGAGUUGCCACUCAGUUCAUGGAUGCCCGACUGUGAAAUAGAUGUGGAGCGCUGCGACUGUGUUCCCAGACCGGAGCCGACCCCGGAGCCAAGACCGGCCCAACGCUGCCAACGCACCAGCACCAUCUGUGCCCUCAGUAAUAAGCGUUUCGAUCCAGUCGGAUGCAAGUGCAGACCGACCAAGUAGAAUUCCACCGGGGAAGUAAAUGACGACGACCUGCUC